UGGGGGGGGGGGGGGAGAGAAGGCGGGAAUGUCGCAACCCACCAACACCGAAAGCUUUUUUCGUGGCGAACUGUCCGACUGAUUUGGACAGUAUUUGAGAGAAAAGGUUGAUUAUAAUAGAAUUUCGAUUUAGGAGGAAUAUAUGUUUAAUAAUCUUUUAUGAUACCGGUAUCAAUACCUUUUUUUUUUCGAUUUUGAUGUUGUUUUUUUUCACAAUUAAAAUGGUUUAGUUUUGGUGACAACUAUCACUUAGUUCGUUAGUCGUGUUUGUCGGUCGGCUAAGGGGGAGUUCCUGAAGAGGAAUAUCAAGAAUGUAUGGAAUGGUGAUCACAUUAAUUGCCUGGAUGUAUCUGGGUGCAAAUCUAGGCCAGUCACAGACAACAACAAGAUUACCAACAGCACCAUCCCCAUCACCAAUCUUGCACAACAGCAGCACAACCUCAGCGGCGUCCUCCACAACUACAUCUACGACAACAACGACGCGCUCACCUCAGACUUUCAGACCAGACGCCACAUCAACUGUGAGUCCUUUCGGUCAGGGGCAAAGAAACAUAACCCAACAGGAUGGCUCUGUGUGGCUACGGUGUGUGGGUCAGUCAAGGCCACGUGAGGAGGCAACGGUGGUCAACUUGUUGACGUCGUGGUGCCAACAGAAUGAAACCAUUGUUGGUUGUCUGUCCCGAGACUUUGGUUCAAGUAGACUCAACAAUGCAUUUGACUUCUUUGUUAACUUGACGUUUAACCAGCAGCGACUUAGACGAAAGAGCGUUGAGCUAUGCAGUCGGUAUCAAGAGAAGAAAGACAAGUUUGGCUGUGCCUUAACGUCCAAUCAAUCCCAUGCAAGCUCUUGCUUGGGCUCUUUCAGCAGUGGCCUGGCACACAUCUUUGGGCUACACACGGAUAAAAAGAUGCCUCUGGAACUUCUCCGAGAUGUGGCGUGCGAUGUUUUACUUCAGACGACACUUUGUCUCCGUGACUCCUUGACUGCUUGUGAAGAAGAUGUCCAGACAGUCCUAGUCAGCUACUAUUCGCUGGUCUAUAACGAUACAUGCAUUGCUAAAUUCGGACAGAGCAGUGGAACGAUUCUGCCGGAAACAGUGGUAGAUAAGUGCGCGAAGGAAGCAGCGGAGAGAAUGCCUUCCAAUCAGCAUGAGCCAGCUUCACUUCGCGAUUUCCUAAUUCUGGGACUCAGGACUGAUUGCAAAACGUAUCCUGUGAGAUAUGGAUGUUAUGGCCGUGAACUUGGUAACAUCACGAACUUCCGUGACUUCUGGUUAUCUUUAACAUUUGAUUACGACAAUGCAAUGGCCUCACAGAAGACAUAUUGUGAUCAAAUCGAAACCAACGUGAUCAGUAAAAUAAGCGAGAACUGUUUCACUCAAGCUCACCCCAACCUUGCCUCUUGUGAGAUUGGUUUCGGUCGAGAGCUGGAGGCAAUUAGAGACGAAUGGUUUGGAAAUGCCAAUCUAGAUGGUCUGGAGCUACAAACAAUGGCAUGCAGAACCUCAAUGGCACGUGCUGCUUGUCUCAAUCACGCCAUGCAACCGUGUGGGUCAGAGGUCGCUACCAUCAUGGCUGUCAGCGAAAUGGGAAUCCUCCCUGACAUUUGCAGACAACUUCUAGUCCCCGAGUCCUCGCCUCAAGAUCUCUUAAACAAAUCCGACAAUGACCUUACACUUGUCCGCCCACCUUACAAUCCGAACGGUAACCAAGUAAAUGGUGUGGAUCGAUCAAGGGGUAACAGUAACCCUAUUUCAUCGUCCACACCAAACCACCUCAGAUCUGGUGAAACCACUCAAGUUGUGCCUCGGCGUUCAACAACUUCGACUACAACAACUAACAACAAUCCUAAAUCCGAGAUCACAGGGAACGUGCACCCGAAUAGCGCGCAGCUAAGUCCAUCUAACAACAGUUCUCGUUUAAGGACAGACCCAACGCCAAACAGUCAUCAGCAAAACGUUUCCACGACAACCAUAAAACAACAGCAUAACAGUAACGAAGCCAGCAGUGGCCAGAUAAAUAUUGCCGUUUUUAUAUUCCUUUCUGUAUUUUGGCUUUCUUGUAUUACUUAAUUUGUUUUCCAACCUGUAAACUUUAUUUUAUAUUUAUUUUAAGACUUGAAACCAUAGACAUAUUUAUUUAUGUCUAUGCUUGAAACAAUGGUUUGAUCAGAGCCGUACUUAUUUUUAACCUGAUUCCGGGGAGAAGAGACAUACAUUGGUUCAAUUAUCAAUAUUUCAAUGUCACUUUCGAAGUCUAAUUUAGAAAACAUGUAAUGAAUUUAACUAUUUAGUUUGUGCUUGCCCUGGAUGUGGCAAAAUAUGUAGGUCGCAGCUGGGGCUGCGCAGCCACGGAAAAUACUGCACUCCUCACUAAUCUUUGGACUCGAAGACAAGCCUUAUUAUUAUUAUUUAGUUUGUAAAUUUGUAAAGAUUUUUAGAUCUUAAUAAAUACGCAAAA